AUGACCUCCCAACAAUUACCUCCAGGCGCGGAUCCUUGCCAAAUCCCCGCAGCUAUGCCUCCUCCCGGCAUUGUUCCCAAUUUUACCAACCAUGCAACUCUUGAGCCGGCUGUCAUCGCAGUAUCAGCAGUCAUGUUGACAUUGUCAACUGUCUUUGUUGUUGGCAGAGUCUGGAUAAAUAUGCGCAGACUAAAAGUUGCAGACUACUUUGCAAUUAUCGGUUACGUCUUGCAUGUAGCCUAUGUAGGACUCGUACUAUCUAAUCUCAAAUUUGCUGGGCAUCAAUGGGAUACUCCUGCAUGUUGGUUCGACGCAACCUAUAUGAAUAUUCUCUUUGCCGAGGGCAUUAUCGUUGGUCCAGCAACAUUCUUCGCUAAGAGCGCCAUAUUGCUGCUCUAUCUCCAGAUCUUCGCAGCGCAUAAGGGUAUGCGCAUUGCUGUAUACGUGGGCAUCAUAUUCACUGGUCUGAUCUACUGGCCAACCAUACCUCUUGACAUUGCAUUCAAUGCUUUGAACUCGGGCCAUUCAUGGGCUGAUAACUUGGCUAAGCUCCUCCCCUGGGGAGUAAUCCAGGGAUCGCUGGCGGUCGUCAUCGACUUGUACAUAUUUAUUCUACCACAGCCAGUUCUGUGGAGGCUAAACAUGUCUCUCAGGAAGCGAAUUGCCGUAAUGGCCGUUUUUUUUACUGCUUUGGUGGGUGUCAUCACCAGCGUUGUUGGGCUUGUCUACCGAGCUGCUCUAUUGAGCACGAUAGACAUGGUCUACACACAAUACAGGUGUCUUAUCUGCGUUGUUGUUGAGAACAGCAUUGCCCUGAUCAUAGGCUGUGUCCCAGCUUGGAAAGCCAUCUGGAAGAAGCAUAUCACCACUUCCAGCUGUUAUAAAACGCUUAGCUCCAGACUACACAGCAACGGCACUGGCCAUAGUGAAGGACAGGCAGCCAAACGCAAUGUUUCGGAGAAGAGCCUGCAACGAUCUGUACCUCGUAGAGAAAACACAGCUUACGAAUUCGGCAACUACUAUCCUCCCCCGAUAGUCCAUAUUCAAGGAGGUAUCAAAAAUGGGCACGGAAAUCCUGAUCCCGUGGAUGUGAGUGCCGGGGGAAUCGUUCGUAAUUUUUACAUCUCGCAGGAAGUUCAUCUCGCCGAGCAGGUGUAG